AAGAUCUAAACAGCUGUUCUGCUGCUGGAUGGUUGCUUUGACAGAAAGGUUGAAGGAUAAAGCGAAUGUUUUGUUUAAAUUUAAUCUUUUUAAAUGAUAUCGCGAAUAUUCCGUGGCGAAAAUGAAAAUGUCGCAGUCAAGAGAAAACGGCAAAUCGAUACCUUGAAAAUUUUUAAUGACAAUGUAGUAGAAUUAAGAGAAGAUGUUGAGUAUCAAGUGCAGUUUAAUGCUGGGGAAAGGAGAAUGGCUAUUAUGGUUUCUUUGUCACCUGAGUUUCCGAUGGAAAAGCCAGUACUAAGAGUUUCUCCACCCAUAAAUCAUCCUUGGUGUAACGAACAUAGUGAAAUCACAAGUGCACCAGGACUUCUUAAUUUUACAGUGCACAGUGAUCUUGGUCGUGUCGUUCAAGCUAUAAUUAGGGAAUUCAGUAAAAAUCCUCCACAACUACUAGAAGAUGUUUCUCCUGUGAAAUCGCAUAGAGAUUUGCAAGGAAGAAAUUCACCGUCUUACUCUUUACAACAGUACACAGAUGUCCAGACAUCAUAUAAUUCUUAUUAUACUACGCAAUUUCCACAAUUUUCGUCCAUUAGUGCAAAUACUUGUAUUUAUAACUACAAUCAUACAAAUUCGGGUCCCGCGUAUGUAACGGAUAGCCAUACAAAAUUUGGUUCUUCGUCGCAACCGUCAACGUAUAGUGCGACUUCAAGGAGCAGCUCAAUUCAUAAUACAGAUCCAACAAGAUACAACUCGAAUCAGCAUGGAACGUAUUUAAAUUCCCACUAUGCAAAUGCAAAUUACCAUCAGCAAUCAUUACCGAGUCAAGCGCAAACAAAACCUCAACAAAGCGUAGCAUUUCCAGAAUUAAACUCUUUAACUAAUGAGGAAUUGAAACGGCUCAACGAGGAUGACGAUAAAUUAGAUGAAUUCCUAGAUAAUCAUUCCGAUUUAAAAGACAUUAACGUAGCUAUCGAUGAAGCAAUAGAUUGGGUCCAAAAAACUGCCGAGGCCAACAUAGCCAAAGAACCUGAGCUUAGAGAAUUACAAUCUGAUGUAGCAAAUAAGGUGCAAACUGUCACUGUAUUAAAGGCCAGAUACGAUCAGUUAAUACAACGAUAUAAUAAAUUAUCUGAAGUGUUUACUCCAGAUCAUAUAAAAGAAUGUUUGAGGAAAGCAGCGGAUGAAAGUCACGAAGAGAGUGAAAAGAUCGCUGAAGACUUCUUGAACAGAAAGAUCGACGUUGAACGCUUUCUUAGCACUUAUAUCGAAUGCAGGAAGUUAGGUCAAGCCAGAAGAACUAAAGAGGAAAAGUUGGCGCAUCAGUUGAACGAAUUAAAACGGGCUGGUUAUUAAAACGAUAUAUAAUCUUAAUCUUUUCUAUGAAUCGAACAAAAUGUAAAUAAUGCCUAGUUAAAUUGAAUAGCAUUCGUGUUUACUAAAUAUCUAUAUGGCAAAAAAAAAUACUCGCUGGCAGAGAACAUUUUUAUAACGUACUACUACGUUAAUUCGUCGCUUGUUAUAUUUGUGCUACGUCGAAAUUUAGUUCGUUCGUGUGGCACGAAGAACGAAAAGUAAUUUAAAGCGUGAAGUGUACACGUGAGUUAAUUGAAUCUUUUGCGAUAUGAAAUUAUUGAAUGUGUGUAUGUGAAGUAAACAAAAAGCGUCAGUUAAACUGUAAAAACUAUGUAAUACUGGAAUUAAUUUUAAAUGUACUUAUCUUUUCAUACAGAAAGUGUCUUUUAAAUGAAUUUAAGUAUGCUGUUGUUGUGCUGUGACAUAUUACAAUUUCGUCAGUAUCAUUCUAACGAGGCACUUUUUUUACUAUGUAAAUAAAUGUGCGGAAAUAUGAUUAAAUCAAUUUUUCAAAGUUUGCUAUUCA